CUUUUUAUUUCCAAAAAAACAAAACCCAUCUGCGAUAACUCUCCGGCAACCUAAAAAUGGAAACUUCCCGUUUUACCCUUCUCGGUCUCCUCGUCUCCUUCUCCUUCUUCCUCACUCUCUCCGCCCAAAUGACCGGAAACUUCAACUGCAGCGGCUCAACCACCACGUGUCAAUCUCUCGUUGGUUACUCAAGCAAGAACGCAACAACGUUGCGCAAUAUCCAAACCCUUUUCGCCGUCAAGAACCUCCGUUCGAUCCUCGGAGCUAACAAUCUCCCACUCAACACCUCACGUGACCAACGCGUGAACCCGAAUCAAGUCAUACGUGUCCCAAUCCAUUGUUCUUGCUCCAACGGAACCGGUGUCUCGAACCGGGACAUCGAAUACACUAUCAAGAAAGACGACACACUCUCUUUCGUCGCAACUGAGGUUUUUGGAGGUUUGGUAACGUUUCAGAAGAUCAGUGAGGUUAACAAGAUCCCUAACCCAGACAAAAUCGAAAUCGGUCAGAAGUUUUGGAUCCCUUUACCUUGUAGCUGUGAUAAAUUGAACGGUGAGGAUGUUGUUCACUACGCACACGUGGUUAAACUAGGGAGCUCACUCGCUGAGAUCGCUGCUCAGUUUGGAACAGACAACACGACGUUGGCUCAGCUUAAUGGAAUCAUCGGUGACUCUCAGCUUCUUGCUGAUAAUCCUCUUAACGUCCCUCUCAAAGCUUGUAGCUCUUCUGUGAGGAACGACUCGUUGGAUGCUCCUCUGCUUCUGUCUAACAACUCAUACGCCUUCACAGCAAACACUUGCAUCAAGUGUUCUUGUGACGCUUUAAAGAAUUGGACUUUAAGCUGUGAACCAUCUCAGAUUAGGCCUUCGAAUUCGACAUGGCCAACUUGCCCGCCUUCACGAUGCGAAGGAGCGGAGAGUUUGUUUCUAGGCAACACGACUAGUAGCUCUUGCGGACCUCGUUCUUGCACAUAUGCUGGUUACUCCAACCAGACCAUCUUCACCACACUUUCCCCAACUUGUCCAGAUUCUGCUGGUCCUGGUAGUGGUAACUAUGCAUCAACGUUCAGGUCAAGCUUCAAUUUCGUGAUGGUGUUGAUUCAGUGUGCUCUGCUUUGUCUCUGUCUUCUCUAGUAAUGUUUUGUUGUUGUGUUUAUGAGUGUGAAUCUAAGUACAGUCCGGAUUGAAAUAAAGACAUUGUUUCUCA